UUAGACCACAGCUUCACUUAGUUUCAAAAACUGCUCUUUCUAGAGACAGUGCUUUCAGAUUUUAUUACAUAGAUUUUUCUUCUGUAACUGCUUCAGCUGCAUUGGAGACCUAGGUUUCAAUACUUCGUAAAUUUUUGUAGUUAUAUUCAUCUACAUCACUGCAUGAUCUGUUAAAGUUUUCAACUUGUGUCUUCAUGCAAGGACAUAUUUUACAACUCUUCAGAAAGUGAAAGAAACAAGCAAGGGAUAAAUCCAUUGUCGUGGCUGCAUUGAUGUUACUAGCUGUAAAUCACAAUGUUGCACAAAAGAAUUAUUAUUGUUUUCAUAAUUGUCUGUGUGACCUGUUUGCCAGCUUUCAACACAAAUGAACAUAAUGUGGAUGCAGAUUCUGCACGAGAUUUCUCAGUAUAUUUUCUCAGAACUCAUCAUCCAUUGUCCAAAUUUGACAGUGCUUCAUUUCCAAGUGUAGAGGAUAUAAUAUUGGCACGCAAUUUUGAAAAUGAAUUUUUGGGAAGGUUCGAAGGUUCAUGGGAAUCAGGAAUUCUAAGUGAAUCUGAGUAUGAAACGAGUUCAGAAGAUAAAUGCAUGCAUAAUAAUGGCAAUUGCUCACAUAAAUGUGAAACUAUUACAAAUGAAGCUAUUUGUUCAUGUGAUGAAGGUUUCUCCUUGAUUGAUGGAACUGACUGUUAUCCAAAUACAACAGGGAGUGUUUUCUUAUCUGGAACGUCAGGAAAAUUCAUGAUGAAUGAAAAUGAUAAUGCAUGGAUUAUAAAAGCACCAGAGAAUCACAACAUAGAGCUUGAAAUUUCUGGUAGUGGACUUGACAACUACCACUAUAUGCAGUACAGCGUCUAUGAUAACCAUCUCACUGAACUACCCAGGAAGCUGCACCCAUAUUAUGAAUCAGCUUCUCUGCAUAAGUUCAGAAGCUCUGGACCAUAUCUCUACAUCAAAACACUUACUGGUUGGACAUAUUAUGAUACAUUGGCUACUUACAAAACAGGUUUGCCAUAUUUUACCAACAAACAUUCUCGCGAUGGACUUUCUAUAGAUAUUUUUCCUCAAUUGAGAGGACUGGGAUGCUACUCUGUUACCUACAAUGGAUAUUUAAAAGUAUCUUCACCUUAUCAGUACUCAGAAACUACACUAACCACACAUCUUUCAUUUAUGCAUCAUCAUAUGCAGUGGAAAACAUCAAUUUUCCGAACUUUAAUUCAUCAAGAACAUAUGCACCUGUGGUUCUUAUUUACAAUACAGUCACAGGUUCUGAUGCUUAGAGAGUGUCUGGAUAUAGAGGCUUCUUUUUGGCAUACUGAAACACCUAGUGCUGUGUGCUAUAAUGGCGGAACAUGGAAUGGGACAGAUGAUCAGUGUCAUUGUGAAGAAGGAUUCUCUGGGAAACAUUGUGAAAAAGGUUUGGAUAAAGAGUGUGAGAAUGGUGGGGUAUGGAAUGGUAAAUACGGAUCGUGCAUGUGCCCGCCGGGUUUUGUUGGAGCGUAUUGUGAAGAAGGAUGUGGAGCCAAUUCAUAUGGCGAAAACUGUGCAGAAGUCUGCUCUAUUCUCUCUACUGAAUGUGAAGGAGUGAUCUUCUGCAGGGCAAAUGUAUGUACAUGUGCUCCAGGUUUCCAUGGCCGAAGCUGUGAUUCCCCAUGUUCAGAAGGACGGUAUGGUGCUUCGUGUCAUCAGUACUGUGGUAAAUGUAAAGAUAACACUACUUGUGACAUAUAUACAGGAAAAUGUUACUCUGGUUGUGUGCCUGGGUACUGUCCUCCACUCUGCCAACAAACAUACAGAAUACUGAAGAGUGCACCAGAAAUUCGAGAAACUGGUUACAGACAUUUAAAAUUUAGAACCUUAUUGCAGAAUCAAUCUGGACAAGGUCAACCAAAGUUUUAUGAAGUGCAGUACAAAGCAGAGGAUGAAGACUCAUGGUCAAGUUUAACACCAAGAGAGAUUUCCAAGGAGGCAGAAUUAGUUAUCAAAAAUCUCCUACCUGGACAUUUCUAUUCCGUUCGAGUCAUUCUUAUUGACCAAGAUGGAGGAAGGUGUGAACUGAAUGUGCCAGAAACAAAAGUCAUGACCAAGUGCCUGGAACCACAUCAAGCAGAUUACAGGCUAACAGCAGAAGAAAUCUCUGAAAAUGCGCUAAUUGUGGAGUGGUCUUACAUCUAUGACAGAAGUGCAGAUUUUUGUUUGCUGAAAGACUUUGAGUUGUCUCUCAUGUCGAAGAACAGACAGCUCAUUUUCCCAGGUCUACAAAAAGAUGGAACUAAAAUAUUAUCUGGUCUGCUGCCAAACACUAAUUACAGAAUCCAGUUGACUGGUCUAACAGGAACAGGAAUUAGGAUACCUUCUGAAGGAAUAACAGUUCAUACUCUCCCUGCUGAUCCUGGUAAAGUAGUCAGUGUGCAAGUAGUGCCUCUAAAAUCAAGUCGUGAGCUGAAAGUAACAUGGCAACCUCCAAGAAACUCAGCAGGGCUAAAGAUGAAAUACCACAUCUCUUACACGUGCGUAAAAGUGCUAGCAUGUGAUGGUAUGAACCACGCUUCAUCUACUCAAGGUAAAAUAACUGAGACACCAUCAGUACUGCUCAAAGACUUACAACCACAUGCUGUGUACCAGAUAGAAAUAGCUGCAUUGUCAGCUGAUGGAUUUGUAAAGGAAGCAUGCAUCAUCAACACCACAACUGAGCACACAGCUCCACAAGUAGCCCCAUCUGCUGCCGAAAAUCCAGUACUUGGUAUUACAAAUGUGAGUGCAUCUGUAACGUGGCUGCCACCUAGAGACUGUGCUCUGCUUAAUGGUUACCUGUAUGGUUACACUUACAAACUGGUAGACAAUGAAACAGGACAAGUUAUGAAGGAGAACACAAUACAAGAAAAUGUACAGUUUGUCAACUUCACAGACCUAAAGCCUAACCAUUGUUACAAUGCUCAAAUUGCAGUUGUCACCUCCGGUGGAACUGACUUAUCAAAUAGAAUCGUUAUACCAUUUUGCACAAGCCCAACAGCUCCUGGCCCAGUGCAGUUAUUGAAGGUGUACAAGAGGAGCCGUAAAAUGGUUGGUCUGAAAUGGGGCAGACCGCUUGACACAUUUGGGGAGAUAGAAUCUUUUGUUGUUUCCUACAGUGAGCAGGGCACUGACAGUAAAGUAAAAACAACUGUCGAACCACAGCUUUGUCAUGCCUGGAAUGACUUCUACUGCCACACCAUUUCUCACCUCGCACCUGCCAGAAAGUAUUCCUUCACGGUUCAAGCACGUAAUGACAAAGUCAAUGCUGAUGGGGAACCAGCAUCAGUUGAAGCAGUUACCACAGAAGGAGUUUCUACUGCUCCAGUUAAUCUAAAAGUUGUUAACACAACAGAAAGCAGUGUGACACUGGAGUGGCAGUUGCCUGACAACAUCAAUGGACACCUAAGAUCUUUUGUUAUUAUGACUGGACAAGUAGAUUCAAAAGGAGCUUCUGAUGAAUGUUGUGACAGCAUUCCUCUGGCAGAUUACCGUGUGACUUCGGAAGAGCCAUUGUACAGAUAUGAAAUUAAUGGUUUAUCACCUGCAAGCACAUAUUCUGUGACCGUUGCAGCCAAGACAUUGACUCUUGGAGAAGAAGCUCAUAUAAUAGCCCACACGCAAUCACCAGAGGAAUUGUUGGCCAGAAAUACAAGAGAAGUUGUUGGAACAGAGGAUAAUGGGGAUAGCUCUGAUACUGUUUCUUUGAAAUUACAACCUGGGAAAGGAGUACAUGGAGUGAAGAGGAUGGUUUAGAAGAAGAGCCACUAAUCCAGUUUCAGCCAAGAGACUUGGAGUUGAAGAAGUAGCCUUACAAUCACGCAGAUAAGCUCUGGUCCUGAUUCAAGAUCACAUGAGCAAAUAUUUGUGAAUAUUUCUGUUUCAAGGGUGCAGUAAUUUAAUGUAGUGUACUUUAUAUUUUAUGUUAGAAAUUCAGAAUUGAGUUUGAUUGCACUAUUUGUAUGCUAGUUAAGUAUGUAUAUGCUAGAUAAGUAUGUAUAGUUUGCAAGAUGAUUGCUAUUUUGUAUUUUGUUUAGGCAAGGUUUGAAAUGUGCUUACAAAAAGUUGUAAUGUACUAUAAAGAUAUAAAAAUAAAGUAAUUUUAUUAAAA